CCCAAUACAUCUCUCUCUCUGGAUCGUGAGGUUUAAGCUGGGUUUAAUCGCAUUCGUAGCCCUACAAUUUGGCGCCUUCCUCUCUUCAAUUGGGUUUCUUGGUAUCUCCAUUAUCCACAAAUCUCCCUCCCAAUUUCGCUAAUUCGCUAAGGUUUUGUUCCGAGUCUCUGUGGUUCUUCUUCCUUGUCGAUUCUGCUGCUCCGGAGGUUUAACGGCGGGGAAGGCUUCUUCUCCGGUAUCGAGAGGAGAAGUCGUGUUUGUGGGGGGAAUGAGUUAAACAACUUUGAUUCAAGAGGAUGGUUCUACAUGUUACUACUCUGUGCAAAGCUGUAAGAAAGGUUGAAUAUGACCAAUGGAGGAGGCGGGGAGGGUGGAGGAAGUGGGAAAGGCAAUCUUUUUCGUGGCAGUGAUUUCGCCUACGCGCUCGCUAGAAUGGCCGUGGCGCAGAUAUGCGAGGGGGUCGAGAUCACCUCUUAUCAGGAGUCGCAUGCACGCGAAGGUGCGAGGUUCAGCUCUUUUCAUGAGACUGCGCUCGAGACGCUAACCGAGGUAGUGAUACAGUACAUUCAAAGCGUUGGGAAGACGACGCAGUUCUAUGCUAAUAUGGCUGGUAGAGUAGAAGGUAAUGCUCUGGAUAUUGUUCAAGCUCUGGAGGAUUUGGGGUCUGGGUUGGGUUUCAACGGUGCUCCUGAUGUUGACCAUUGUCUUGCUGACUCCAGUGUGGUUAAGGAUAUUAUACGUUAUACAGCGGAAGCGGAGGAGGUGCCUUUUGUUUACUCUCUUCCUCGGUUCCCUUUUAACAGAGGGAAACGACCAGCUCCUAGCUUUACUGAGGUUGGAGCUGAGCUGCCAGAUGAGCAUAUUCCAGUUUGGCUUCCUGCUUUUCCCCAAACCAAAGUGUCUAACGAGUUGGAGGAGGAGACUAGUGUUGACAAAAUACAAGGAGAGGUGCAGAGUAAAGAGAACGGAUUGUCUUUGCCGAGAUUGCAGCGGUCUGUUGAGGUUGAUAGGUUAAAGGUUCAGAAAUCCAUGGAUCAAAAGGAAGUUGAGAAACCAUCAGAGGAACAACCGGAAUGUAACCCGUUCCUUGCUGCACCAGUUUGGGUUGGAGAGAAGAACGUGCCACGUGUGUUUCGCCCGUCACUGCUUACAAAUGAGGGAGUUAGCAUCGGCCACGUUCCUGAGAAGCAAACCAACAAGAGCCAUCACAUUCCGCCCCUUGAGGCGUUUGCUCCAUCCAGUAUGAUCAAAGACAAGAGCAGAUUAGGCGAAACCGAUGGAGUAGAGAAAAAUGAUGAUGGGAGAACUCAACGCGCGUUGCUCCGUUUCAAGAUUGGGACUCGAAAGGCGACCCCCGUGCGUUGGACGAGAAAGGAGAGCUUAGAGGAAAAGGGUUGGUUUCUAGAGGAUGGAGACAAGAGGGAGAAAAAUGUAGAACUCGAAGAAGAGCCAGUAACCAUUGACACAAAUGUAAAAUAGGUGUGGCAGAGUUGAUAGUUCAAACUUAAUUCAGAAUUGUUGGAAGGAGUGUGGUGUUUGGUCUUCACAUCAUUGAGCUUUAUCUUGGGUUGAGUCUUUUUACAUAAGACAGUUAAGAAGAGAAUACAAGAAAGGGUUCACAGAACCAAGAAAUCAAAUGUUUUCUACUCUGUAAAAUGGAUUAUUUAGAUCCCUCAUUUACAGUUCUAA